UGCAAUCAUUAGUUUUUUUUUUUUUUUAAUAAAUUAUACUUUUAAUAUUAAUAAAUCUUUAUGAAAUUAUAUUACAAAUAUAGGAGACUGAUGCGAGGGGUCAAUAUUGAGAUUCACCCUACAAACAUUCUGUACACUAAUGCACGAGUCAAUCGGAGAAGAUAAAGCGAGAUUGGAGUUGCAUUUAAAGCUGUUGGAAGAACGCCAUAACAUUCUGUUGUUUCUCUAAAUCGCUCGAAAUCCUUAGAAUCAGAGGUCAGCAAAUAAAUGGCAGAAGGUGAUGAUAUUCAACCUCUUGUAUGCGACAAUGGAACUGGAAUGGUCAAGGCUGGGUUUGCUGGAGAUGAUGCUCCUCGUGCCGUGUUCCCUAGCAUUAUAGGGCGGCCGCGCCACACAGGUGUGAUGGUGGGCAUGGGGCAGAAAGAUGCAUAUGUUGGGGAUGAGGCACAAUCCAAGAGAGGUAUUCUAUCUCUCAAGUACCCAAUUGAGCAUGGUAUUGUUAACAAUUGGGAUGACAUGGAGAAGAUUUGGCAUCACACGUUCUACAACGAGCUUCGUGUUGCGCCUGAGGAGCACCCGAUUCUUCUGACAGAGGCACCACUGAACCCAAAGGCAAAUCGAGAGAAGAUGACACAGAUCAUGUUCGAAACCUUCAACUCCCCAGCCAUGUAUGUUGCUAUUCAGGCUGUUCUGUCCCUGUAUGCGAGUGGUCGUACGACUGGUAUCGUGAUGGACUCUGGUGAUGGUGUGAGCCAUACUGUGCCUAUCUACGAAGGCUACUCCCUCCCUCAUGCUAUCCUUCGACUGGACCUUGCCGGGCGCGACCUCACUGAAUUCUUUGCAAAGAUCCUGACGGAGCGUGGCUACAGCUUCACCACCUCUGCUGAGAAGGAAAUAGUGAGGGACAUGAAGGAGAAGCUGACAUACAUUGCUCUAGACUUCGAGCAGGAGAUGGAGACGGCCAAGACCAGCUCUGACAUAGAGAAGAACUACGAGCUACCGGAUGGGCAAGUGAUCACCAUCGGGAACGAGAGGUUCCGGUGCCCCGAGGUGCUGUUCCAGCCGGCAAUGAUCGGAAUGGAAGCUGCAGGGGUGCACGAGACGACCUACAACUCGAUCAUGAAAUGUGACGUGGAUAUCAGGAAGGAUCUGUACGGGAACGUGGUGCUGAGCGGUGGGACCACCAUGUUCCCGGGCAUUGCUGAUCGAAUGAGCAAGGAGAUCAGCGCUCUGGCUCCAAGCAGCAUGAAGAUUAAGGUGGUGGCUCCGCCGGAGAGGAAGUACAGCGUCUGGAUCGGGGGAUCCAUCCUUGCUUCCCUCAGCACCUUCCAGCAGAUGUGGAUAGCUAAGGCCGAGUACGACGAGUCCGGCCCUUCCAUCGUGCACCGGAAAUGUUUCUGAUCCAUCAUGCCAGAUCAUCUUGCUUUGUUUUUGGCGUUUUUUGUUUCAAAUUCACCAAUCAUAGGCUUCUCUUGCUUUCUUUAUAGUAUUUGUUUUUCUCAUACGCUUUCUUUGUCGCACAUUUUUGUUCAUCAAUAAAUUAAUUUCUCUUCCA